AUGGGUGUUUCCCUUUUUUCAUCACUUCAAAUCCCACUAUUCUUUUUGUCAUUUAUUAAUUUUUGUAUAUUUGAGCUUGCACUUGCUGGCACCACCAGACACUACCACUUUGAUAUAAGGAACCAAAAUGUGACAAGACUGUGCCACACAAAGAGCAUGGUGACAGUGAAUGGUCAGUUUCCUGGACCUCGUAUUGUUGCAAGAGAGGGAGACCGUCUUCUUAUCAAAGUGGUUAACAAUGUGCAGAACAACAUCACUAUUCACUGGCAUGGCAUUAGACAGCUUCAAUCAGGGUGGGCUGAUGGACCAGCAUAUGUGACUCAAUGUCCCAUCCAAACAGGUCAAAGUUAUGUUUACAAUUACACCAUUAUUGGCCAGAGAGGAACACUGUUUUGGCAUGCUCACAUAUCUUGGUUAAGAUCAACUAUCUAUGGUCCUAUCAUCAUUCUUCCUAAGCACAAUGCUCAAUACCCUUUUGCAAAACCCCAUAAGGAAGUUCCUAUCAUAUUUGGAGAAUGGUGGAAUACAGAUCCUGAGGCAGUUAUAACCCAAGCCUUGCAAACAGGUGGAGGACCUAAUGUCUCUGAUGCCUACACUAUUAAUGGACUUCCAGGGCCAUUGUAUAACUGCUCAAACAAAGAUACAUUCAAGCUGAAGGUGAAGCCAGGGAAGAUUUACCUGCUACGUUUGAUCAAUGCGGCACUAAAUGAUGAACUAUUCUUCAGCAUUGCAAAUCAUACCCUCACAGUUGUUGAAGCAGAUGCAGUUUAUGUAAAACCUUUUGUGACUAACACCAUCCUUAUUACCCCUGGCCAAACCACUAAUGUUCUUCUAAAGACAAAGUCUCACUACCCCAAUGCCACAUUCUUAAUGACUGCUAGACCAUAUGUGACUGGCCUUGGCACUUUUGAUAACUCAACUGUUGCUGGUAUUCUAGAAUAUAAAACCCCACCAAAUACUCACCAUUCAUCUGCUUCACUGAAAAAGCUUCCUCUCCUCAAACCUAUUCUCCCUGCACUUAAUGACACUUCUUUUGCAACAAAUUUCACCAACAAACUCAGAAGCCUAGCAAGUGCUCAGUUUCCUGCUAAUGUUCCCCAGAAAGUUGAUAGACACUUUUUCUUCACAGUAGGCCUUGGUACAAGUCCCUGCCAACAUAACAAAACUUGCCAGGGACCUAAUGGAACAAUGUUUUCAGCAUCAGUGAACAAUGUAUCAUUUACACUCCCAACCACUGCACUUCUUCAAGCCCACUUCACUGGUCAAUCCAAUGGAGUUUACUCCCCAAACUUCCCAACCAGUCCUUUGAUUCCAUUCAACUAUACUGGCACCCCACCAAACAAUACCAUGGUGAACAAUGGGACAAAGGUUGUGGUUCUUCCCUUCAACACAAGUGUGGAGCUUGUCAUGCAGGACACUAGCAUUCUUGGUGCAGAAAGUCACCCUCUCCAUUUGCAUGGCUUUAACUUCUUUGUUGUUGGCCAAGGUUUUGGUAACUUUGAUCCAAAUAAGGACCCUGCAAACUUCAACCUUGUUGAUCCUAUUGAAAGGAACACAGUUGGUGUCCCAUCUGGUGGAUGGGUUGCUAUUAGAUUCCAAGCAGAUAAUCCAGGGGUAUGGUUCAUGCAUUGUCACUUGGAAAUCCACACAAGUUGGGGUCUUAAGAUGGCCUGGGUUGUUUUGGAUGGAAAGCUACCAAAUCAGAAGCUGCUUCCACCACCAGCUGAUCUUCCCAAGUGUUAA